AUGGCUACCGCCAAAUCAAAACCAGUGCCAAGAAAGGAUAAAAUAAGUGUCUGGACGUUACCAGAAGGGUCACAGCCUGCCGUUCGCGUUCAGGUCGAUGGAGGAAGGAUUCUAGCCGAAGAUCUUCUCCAAAUAGUCGGUAGAACUCUUGAAAUUCGCGCGAGUAGUCUGCAGUUGUUUGGACUCUUUCGCGGGAUCGAAAACCCUACGAAGAAAUAUGGCAAUAACGAAAUGAUUUAUCUUCCCUGUCGCUACGUGAUUUCAAUUCAAAAGUGGUCUUUUGAUAUUGCGAGAGAACAAAAAUUGCUGAAAACGGAUGCUGGCGCAAUGCGCCUGAUUUGUAUACAGUGUAUCGAAGAUAUUCGAUCCGGCAGACUCAAGCCCAAACCUGAACACAUUCCACUCAUGGAAGAAUACAGAAACCCGGCCUUUCCAUGUGAUAAGCAGUACGUGGAGCUUUGUCAGAAGAUGUUUGGUUAUGGCUAUGUUGUCCUUAAUAACUGCACCGUUCAAAACGAUUUGAAGGUGAAAGACGUACGUCUCAGAGAAGGAAUGAAAGUGGAUUUGAUCGCCAACCGCCGUGGGUUAAUGAUUAAAUCGCGUAAGUAAGACAAUAAUACCUUUCUGGUCCUUUUUUUGUGCUUAGCUGCAUCGUAAGAGGACAAUCGGACAACAAAUAGCUUUCCACCGAGAUUGCUAUAAGACGGCCAUCUUUAUCUCGGAUCCGAAAAGAUGCGACCAGUCUAUAUUAUUAGGCAAACGCUGGAGAGAGGUGGGAUUUAAUAACCUUCGUUUAUAUUUUAAAAAAGGCACCCGCAGAAAGGCAGGCAGAAAACGAGAAAGAAAAAAAAAGAGUGUUACUUACUGGUAGUUUCAGCAAUUAAUUAGUAAAUUACACUUUCCCGUAUUAGAUUAAUAUAGUCUAAAUUCGAUAAAUUUGCUCGCAUUCUCACCCACCAAAACGAGAUUGCGAGCUUCGACAAAUAACUCAAAACGUAACUAUAACUCGUAAGUCUAACUCGAACUUUACCUCGAAGUCCAACCCGAACUCGGAUUCCUUGUCAAUGGAACUUGGACUCCUGAUUCUAAGCGUUAGUGGGAUUCUGGAUUCCUAGAGCUGGAGCCCAGGAUUCGGGAUUCCAUAAAAAAAAUUCCCCGGCUUUCAAGAUUUCCGAAUUCCGAGAUCCGGAUUUCCUUAAAGGGGACGACAGAUUGUGGGGACAGCGUAAACAGCUUUUUUCCCGCUCUCUAACUUCGCACCGGUCACCGGUCGUUUCGAUACAAGUUUAUCAAUCUGAGGUGUAAAUAGUUCCACGUAUUUCGCUUAAAGAACGAAGACAUUCACCCAAAAUGUUUUUCUUGUUCACUCGCAAACUAUACGUGAAGUGGACAAAAUGUCUGUGCAAUUUUCCUGCUUGAAUUUGUAUCGAAACGACUUGUAUCGAAAAGAAUUUAAAUCGAAACGACCGGUUUCCCUUUGCGCCACACCACUAUCUAAACGCGUGGAACAGGCUUGGUUAUUUCCCGGUAUCAAUUAUCCUUUCCCCGUUCAACAGAAAAAACAGUGUGUUUUGCUCCAUGGCGAAAGAUUCGUCGCUGGUCACAAGUUCAAGGCGACAGCAUUCACUUCGAGAUUUACUUCACCGAGGAGCUUCGUUUCGAGUGGGUGGAAGUGGAGACUGAACAAGUGGCUUACCUCAUGUCGGUCAUCGCCGAGUUUGUUUACCUUAUGAAGAAAGACUACGACGAACCGGAGGUCAAGAGACCAAGCUGGCUCAAAGGAGGCGAAAAGAAAAGGCUAACGUGGAAACUGAUCAAGAAUGAGCUGUUUUCCACAGAAAACAAAGAUGAAGAAGACGAGGAAAAGCCGUGCCAAGGUUUUGAUAAUCUCGAAGAUGAGGCUUCUACUGAUGACGAAGAGUCAAGUGAUGAGGAAGAAGGGGCGAAAGCGUUGUCGCCUUCAAGAAGAGGCUCUCAAUACCUUUUUGGUUGA